AUGGUGCUGCUUUUUGGCGCCGCUGGGGCGCGUUGUAGCGCGCCCCAGCGGCCGCGUGCGUGGCUGCACCGGCGUGGCAGGGCGAGGGACGCGGCCUUCGAGAACGGCUCCGCGCCUCCCGAGGGUUCCCUGGACGGUGAGGGCAGCGGGGCCGAGCAGCCGGAGGGGCCCCGGGGCGGCUACGGCGUAGGCGUCCCGCCGGCAAACGCCAAACGCCGCGGAGCCGCCGCCGGCGCCUGCGGUGGCCCCCCCGCGCGGCAGCCCGAAGGGCCGGCCGAGGGGCCGCCCCUCCCCGGCGGCCUGGGCAUCGUGGAGGUGCCCGGCAACAGGCUGCGUUUCGAGGUCGAGGUGGAGCGGACGCCGGGCGUGCCCCUGGGCAUAAACGUGAUGCCCGUCGUGGACGGCGGCGUCUCGCGGCUCAUGGUGGAGCGGGUCGCCACCAACGCUGCGAUGUCUGGAUCGUACAGCCCGACCUUCUUCAUGCACUUCCCCAAGUACCACGCGCCGCACUUGAAGCCCGGGGAGGAGGCGAAGGACCCUGGUGACGAGAUGAAGCCCAAGUGCCUCGCGGCGUGCAGCAGCUGGCUCACCGAGUACAAUUCCUGCGUCCAGCGCAUCUCCAUGCGCACGGACGGCAAAGGCGAUUGCAAGGGGCAGUUCGAGGAGCUGAGCCAGUGCCAGGACCACUGCGUCGCGCACGAGCUGUUCGGGCACCUGAAGUGA